AAUUACAGCAAUUAUCGAACGAUUUUAGGUUUUUUAAACGACUCGAAUGCCCAACGCAUUAAAUUAGCCGUUGGCUAAAUGCGCGGUUUGCUUUCUCUUAUCAUGCUCAUUCACAAACCCAUACAACCCCGAAAUAUAUGUGCUCUCGUCACAAGAUUUCACCUUUACUGCUCUCCCGCUUCCCCACUCUUCUGCCUCCCUCCGCAUUCCGUCCAUCUUCUCUCCGCCGAGGUUCCCGACCUCCAUUCCCUCCUUCUCCUUCACGCCGGAACCAUCACCUCCGGUCACUCAUCCAACCCAUUCCUCGCCGCCAAGCUUAUUUCUCUCUACGCCUCCCUUCACCGCCCAGACUUAGCUACGGGCGUUUUCUCCUCAGCCGUCGCACAAAAUCUCAAAGAUACAUUCCUCUGGAAUUCCAUCAUCAAAACGCACUUCUCUAAUGCUGACUUCACUAUUUCUCUUCUUUACUUUCGCCAAAUGCUCGCAGCCGGCGUGCCUCCUGAUCAAUUCACAGUACCCAUGAUCGUCUCAGCAUCCGCGGAGCUUCUCUUGCUUGCUCUUGGGUCAUGCAUUCAUGGAGCUUCUAUUAAAAAUGGGAUUUUGAAUGGUAAAUGUAGUGGUGUUGGAUCGUCCUUGAUUUUCAUGUACUCGAAGUGUGGGAUAAUUGGUGAUGCCUUUAAAGCGUUCGAUGAAAUUUCCGAAAGAGAUGUUGUUGCUUGGACAGCGCUAAUCAUAGGUUGUGUGAGGAAUGGACAGAGCAAACUUGGUUUACUUUGUCUUGCCGAAAUGCAUCGUGUUGGCAAAGAUGGAGGGACAAAGCCCAAUUCCCGCACCUUGGAUGGUGGAUUGCAGGCCUGUGCUAAUCUUGGAGCAUUGCAUGAAGGAAUGUGUCUUCAUGGAUUUCUCUUAAAAACUGGAUCUGGGUGGUCUGCUUCUGUGAGAUCAUCUCUGCUUUCCAUGUAUGCUAAGUGUGAAAGCUUUGAGGAAACUGUUCUUGCAUUUGAUGAAUUGUCUGAAAAAGAUACUGUUUCGUGGACUGAGGUUUUAGCUGUUUAUGCUAAGAAAGGCCUUUUAAUUGAGUGCUUAAAGCUUUUCCUAGCGAUGAUAGAUUCAGGAGUUGAACCUGAUGGUGUUUCCAUCAGUUGCAUGCUUUUGGGAUUCACCAAUAGUUGCUGUAUUCAUGGAGGGAAGGCCUUCCAUGCAAUUUUGCUGAGGAAAGACUUUGAAUUCAGUAAACCAGUAAUUAGUUCCCUGCUGAUGAUGUACUGUAAGCUUGGGCAACUGGAUGCUGCAGAAACUUUUUUUGGUUGCAUUCACCUGCAGAGUGCAGAUCCCUGGAACUUAAUGAUUUGCGAAUAUGAGAAGACUGGAAUGGACAUAAAAUGUUUGGACUUGUUUAGAGAAAUGCAGUUUAAUGGCCUAGGAGCCAAUGUUGAUCAAAAUACAGUGGUACAUGUUUUCUCCUCAUGUUCAAAACUAAAUGCUUUGCAGUUAGGCCAGUCUCUACAUUGCUACACAAUAAAGAACUUUCUUGAUGAUGAGGACUACAUUUCCAAUUCAUUGGUGUGUAUGUAUGGUAAAUGUGGAAAGCUAACCCUUGCAAGGAGGGUCUUUCAUAAUACAAAGAGAAAUGUUAUUACCUGGAAUUCUCUUAUCUCAGCUUAUUCUCAUCUUGGUAAGUCUAGUGAUGCUUUAAGCAUUUUUAAUCAAAUGCUUUUGGAAGGUGUGAAACCAAAUUCUUCAACAUUAUUAAGCGUUCUUUCAGCAUGCUCGCAUAUGGCUGCUCUUGACUUGGGAAAGUGGGUGCAUGGUUCCAUAAAGGAAAUGGGUUUGGAGUCUGAUGUAAAUCUAUGCACAGCCUUGAUUGAUAUGUAUGCCAAGUGUGGACAUCUCAAAACUUCAAGAGCACUCUUUGACUCUAUGCCUGAAAGGGAUGUCAUUUCUUGGAAUGCGAUGAUUUCAGCUUAUGGUAUCCAUGGGGAUGCCAAGAAGGCGUUAGAGGUUUUCCGAGAAAUGGAGAUGUCAGGCAUCAAGCCAAAUACAGUCACAUUCCUCGCGGCUCUUUCUGCUUGUUGCCAUGUAGGAUUGGUUGAAGAGGCAAGGAGACUUUUCCUCAGAAUGAAAGAUCGUGGCAUUAGUCCCACUUUAAAGCACUAUACAUGUAUGGUUGAUGUCCUUGCUCGGUCUGGUAACCUAUUGGAGGCUGAAGCUAUGAUUCUCUCCAUGCCUAUCCAGCCUGAUGGAGGAAUCUGGGGAGCUUUGCUUGGUGCUUGUCACAUUCACAGUAAUGUUGAAAUGGGAGAGUGUAUCUCAAAGAGAGCAUUUGAAUCUGAUCCAGAAAAUGAUGGGUAUUACAUUCUUGUGUCUAAUAUGUUUGGAAGUGAUGGAAGAUGGGAAGAGGUGGAAAAGCUCAGGAGUUUCAUGAAGAGCAGGGGUGUUACAAAGAGAGCUGGUUGGAGCUCGGUAGAGCUUGGUGGGGGAAUUCAUGUUUUUACCGUUGGAGAUAAAUCACAUCCACAGUCUAAGGAUGUUCUUGUGACUAUAGAGACUUUCCAUAGGCACUUUGAGGAAUGUUCUAUAGAGUAUACAGUGGAAGAAUAUGCAUCUAUUUUGUGAAAUAAGGGUAAAAGCUCCUAGGAGGCUCAACUAUCUUUUGCAUGGAGAAGAUAGACUAUAAAAUUCAAAAGCCCGCGGUCACGCAAGUCCGCCCUCGCUUAGUACGGCAGACCGCUCCCCACGCAACCCUGGCAUGUGGGUCUAAUGAUCCGUGCCGCGUGCCAAGCGCAACGCACCAUGUCUGACUUUCUCUGCUUGGUCACCCCACACUCUGCGUGGCAACCUGUGCUCCACCCUCGCUUUGCAUGCAUACGUCAGCACCUUCAGCCUGCUCGUGCGAUCUCCCAUGUGAAUGGCUGCAUGGUCGUCUGCGCAAACACAUGUUUGUGUCUCCCGACCCAUGUACCUCCAAUCUAGCCCACUUGCCUCCGCCAAAACCCGCACCAGACAUCUUGUUCGCCUCACGCAAACAAACCCACAUGAACACGCUCGUUGGGGGCACCGACGACGACUUCCUCCUCUCUCUCUUUGACAAGAACCGUUCUCCACCUCGAGAUCGCCUCAACAAGGCUCCGAUACCACUUGUUAUGUUUCUUGCAUGAGGAAGAAGAACACUUUCUUUAGCUUCUUGGAAGAGAGAAUGGGAAGGGAAGAGCUGCAGGAAUUUCUUAUUCCUUUAUUCAAUAGGCCUAAUGGCUUAGUGCAAGAGGGGCUCUUUUUACAUCAGCCUACAAUGCAUAUCUAUAGGCAUUUACACAUGAUGCGGUGUCUAUGCGGAUCAUGCUAGUCUAAAAUCAGACCAAUACAUUACGAAGCUCGUGUUCAACUUAUUCAUGAAAUAAACAAGUAGAUAUCAAGCA